AUGAAAUCAACCUAUGUCACGCUACUCUUUGCAGCAACCAGUUUUGCUCAAGAGUUACCCACGCUACCGAAGCCCAUUAGCCAGUCGACGGCCUUCAACUCUUCCUUUAAACUCUCUGAGAAACAAAUCGAGCUAGGUCAGCUCUGGCCAGAGCUAGCUGAAGACAUCGAGACUAUCAUUAACUUCGACCGCUCGCAACUCGCCUACGGCGGACCCGGCCAGGAUAGCUUCUAUAAGCUUGACAAGAAGAAAACUAUCAUCCCGAAAACUCCUGGUCAGGUUCUCAAGAUCGAACAUGUUACCAAUCCUGCGGCCUGGAAUAUUCCUGCCGGUACCUCCCUCUCGCGCUUCAUCUAUGCCUCGACUACCGCCAAUGGGACCUUAGUACCUGCCUCUGCUUAUGUCCUAUGGCCAUUCACGCCCAAGAAAUUGGAGCACUCAAAGAAACAAUCGAAGCAGGGCAAAGUUCCCGUCGCCCUCUGGUCACACGGCACCUCUGGCUACUAUGCCGACGCCUCCCCUUCCGCUCAUCGAUCUCUCUUUUACGGUAACAUCGUCCCGUUUACACUUGCUCAAGCCGGCUACGCUGUGGUCGCUGCUGAUUACACUGGCCUUGGCGUUCAAACAUCUUGGGAUGGGAGCCACGUCCCGCAUCAGUACCAGAACCGUUUGGCCAACGGUUUUGACAGCCUGUAUGCUCUUCGAGCCGCUCGCAGCGCAUUUUCUGGUCGGAUCACCGACGAGUACGUCAACAUCGGCCACAGCCAAGGUGGAGCCGCGGCCUGGGGCGUCUCAGAGAUCCUUGCUGAGAACUCUCGCAAGAUGUUCACAGACUUGGAAGACGGUUAUCUAGGAUCUAUCCUCUUUGCACCUGGAAUACACACGCUCUUCUCAGCUCCUCAAGCCCAAUGCGCCUGGAUUGGCAAGGACCUGGACUUGAUGUACCCCGACUUUGAGUUGUCAGACUGGCUUUCGCCGCUAGGUAUUGCGCGUACGGAGCUUCUUACCGAAAUUCAAGGCGGCCAGUACGUUUCUGAAGUCCUAUUCUUGGCAAAUGUUACUGAAAUGCUCAAUCCCGCAUGGAACGAGUCAUGGUACGCAACAACCUGGGAUAAAUACACAAGCCCUGGCAACCGGCCUUACAAGGCCCCAAUGGUCAUGUUCGUUGGAACCGCCGACUCCACUACGCCGUAUGAGACCAGGAUGUCAGUGUUCGAGUCGACCUGUGAGAAGCAUCACAGCGGACCCUUCGAAUUCGUCACCGUCACUGGUGCUCAACACUUCUCUUCCAUGGACGCUACCAGACAGCAGUGGCUUGACUGGAUCGAGGAUCGUUUUAACGGGAAGCCGCUUGACUCCGACGCGAAGUGUCCUAAGUCUACGCUCGACAGCUUCUUGCCUAUCGAGUCCUACCAGACCGUGAGUACGUCAUUCCCUCAAUGGGCAGGUGAGCCGGGAGAGUUUUAUGAGCUGGUUGCUGGUGGCUUUUAG